UGCUUUACUGGCUGGCUGAGAGUCAUGGUGAAUCGCAGGAAGCCGGGGGUGCAGGGCCCUGAGUCCCCCAAUACUCCGGGACAACUGGUGGCAGCGGCGGGAUCUACUGCACCCCGUGGACGGCGCUUCCUGCACCGACAUGGCCGAGGAGUCCAUCAUCCGCAUCCCCCCGCACCACUACAUCCACGUGCUGGACCAGAACUCCAACGUGACCCGCGUGGAGGUGGGGCCGCAGACCUACAUCCGCCAGGACAAUGAACGGGUCGUCUUUCCCCCCGCCAAGAUGGUGACGGUGCCCCCCCGGCACUACUGCGCGGUGCUGAACCCUGUGCUGCGGGCGCCGGGCGCCGGGGUGCAGUUCGAUGCCUCGGGGCAGGCGCUGCUACGGCACGCGGACCUGGAGAUCCGGCUCAGCCAGCCCCCCUUCCCCCUCUACCCGGGAGAGGAGAUCCAGCAGGGGAUCACAGCCCUGCAGGUGGUGCUGCCGGACACCGCCCUGCACCUCAAGGCCCUGCUGGAUUUUGAGGACGACCAGGGGCCACAGCUAACGCCAGCCUCCCGAGGCACCUACAUCCCGCGCACCGAGGUGGAGGUGGUGGAAAUCAGCCAGGCGACCAUCAUCUGCCACAACCAGGCCAUCCGGCUCCGGGCCCGCAAGGAGUGUACGGACCGGGAGGGGACCCGGCGCGUCACAGGUGAGGAGUGGCUGGUGAAGCGAGUGGGUGCGUAUCUCCCUGGCGUGUUUGAGGAGGUGGUUGACAUUGUGGAUGCUUUUGUGCUGACAGAAAAGAGGGCGCUGCAUCUCCGCGCCACCAAGACCUUCCGGGACCCGCAGGACACGGUGCGCCGGACAGGGGAGGAGUGGCUGGUGACGCUAGCGCAGAGCGAGGCCUACAUCCCGGACGUCUACGAGGAGGUGGUGGGCAUUGUGGACAUCACCACACUGAGCAGCCGCCAGUACUGCGUGGUGUGCGACCCCGUGGGGCCCGACGGCAAGCCGCAGCUGGGCCAGGAGAAGGUGAUCAAGGGGGAGAAGUCGUUCUUCCUCCAGCCAGGGGAGUCUCUGAAGGACGGGAUCCAGGACAUCUACAUCCUCUCGGAGGACGAAGGGCUGCUGCUGCGGGCCCUGAGCAAGCUGGAGGACUUGGAUGAGGACGGUGGUGAGCUGCACCGGAAGCCGGGCGAUCGCUGGCUCAUCCGGGGGCCCCGGGAGUACGUGCCGCCAGCAGAGGUGGAGGUCCUGGAGCGGCGCCGCGCCACCCCCCUGGGCGAGAACGAGGGGAUCUACAUGCGGGACAUCAAGACAGGCAAGGUGCGGGCGGUGAUCGGUCACACCUACAUGCUGACAGAGUACGAGGAGCUGUGGGAUAAGGAGCUGCCCCCCACCGUGGAGGCCCUGCUGUCCUCGGGCCGGGACCCUGUGGCCGACCGCUCCAGGGCCCCCCCCCAAGAAGGUGAGGACCGGCCCCGCGACACGAGACGGGUGGUGAGUUACCAGGUGCCCCACAACGCCGCCGUGCAGGUGUACGACUACCAGGAGCGGAAGUCCAGGGUGGUGCUGGGCCCGGAGCUGGUUCUGCUGGGCCCGGACGAGCAGUUCACGGUGCUCAGCUUGUCGGGGGGGCGGCCCAAGACCCCCCACAGCCGCCGCUCGCUCUGCCUGCUACUGGGCCCUGACUUCUGCACCGACAUCGUCACCAUCGAGACGGCUGACCACGCCCGGCUGCAGCUCCAGCUGGCCUACAACUGGCACUUCGAGGUGCCGUCACCCCCCGACCCCCCAGCGCUCUCCCGGCUCUUCAGUGUCCCGGACUUCGUGGGAGACGCCUGCAAAGCGCUGGCCUCCCGCAUCCGCGGGGCCGUGGCCUCCGUCAGCUUCGACGACUUCCACAAGAACUCGAACCGGAUCAUCUGCUCGGCCGUGUUCGGCUUCGACGCGGAGCUGCAGGUGCGGAGCUGCCUGCGCUUCCCCCAGAACGGGCUGGUGGUGAGCAGCGUGGACAUCCAGAGCGUGGAGCCGGUGGACCAGCGCACGCGGGACGCGCUGCAGAGGAGUGUCCAGUUGGCCAUCGAGAUCACCACCAACUCCCAGGAGGCGGCCGCCAGGCACGAGGCCGAGCGGCUGGAGCAGGAGGCCCGGGGGCGGCUGGAGCGGCAGAAAAUCCUGGACCAGGCGGAGGCUGAGCGAGCCCGGAAGGAGCUGCUGGAGCUGGAGGCACUGAGCGCGGCAGUGGAGAGCGCUGGUGCGGCGCGGGCCGAGGCCCAGUCCAAGGCGGAGGCGGCGCGGAUCGCGGGGGAGGCGGCUGUGGAACAGGCCAAGCUGAAGGCGGAGGCAGCCGCCAUUGAGACAGAGUCGGAGCUGGCGCGGCUGUGCCAGGCGCGGGAGCAGGAGCUGCGCUUCGCCCGGGCGCAGGGCGAGCAGGAGGCGGCGCGGGCCCAGCUGCUGGCCGAGGUGGAGGUGAAGAAGUUCCAGCAGGUGACGGAAGCCAUCGGGCCCGAGACCCUGCGGGACAUCGCGCUGGCCGGGCCGGAGCUGCAGGUGAAGCUGCUGAAGGGCCUGGGUCUCCAGUCGGCCCUCAUCACCGACGGCUCCUCCCCCAUCAACCUCUUCUCCACGGCGGGGGGGCUGCUGGGCAUCCUGCCCAGGCACCCCCCGGGGCCCCAGGAGUGAGGGCCCCGCCCCCCAUGGAAACGGGACCCCAGUGUGCCUUACAGUCUGCAAUAAAGAUGGCAGCCGACGC